CAUUGUUUGCUAACACACAAUCAUAUAAAAAUACUUUGCGAAAAAAUGGCACUGACUAAAGGAAAAGUGGAACCAAUGGUAAAGGAAAGAAUCAAAAGGAAAAAAAUAUGGAAGAAGGCGUACCAGAAACAGAGAAGCAGCUCAUGUUUCCAGACGAGGUCGUAGAAAAGAACAAAGAUCAGUUACAAGAACAAGAAAAAGAAGAAGAGAAAGGAGCUGCUAAAGGUGGGAUUUUGAACAAUCUGAUAUCCAACUUUAUUGAUGCAACAACAACAACAGUAGCAGAGGACAAAUCUGGCGAAAACAUUCAAAAAGUUGAAUGUGAAGAUGAAGCUGAGAAGCAAAAAGAGAGCUCAAGUUCUGGAAUCUUAGAAAAUAUCAUUUUUCAUCUGCCAGAAGAUGCAGUUCCAACUACAGACGAGGCAGCCAUUUUGAUCCACUCCGCGAUUGACUGAAGGAGACGACAACGACAACGAUCUCUUUUUGUUAUUUUUGCUGUGUUCUGCGUUUUGUAAGUUUGAUAUUCGUCUUCACGAGGUUAUUUUGUGUGUGUUUGUGUGAAUUCGAAAUCCUCUCUAAGAGUCUUUAGACCGUUUUGUUUGUGGACGUGACAAUUAACCCGUCCAUAAUAAGGAUAUGUUGGGCUGUGUCUACGGACAGACCGACCAAUUGACAUCUAUAUCCAAAACCAAUUGAAAUCUAUAUUCAUAACUAA